AUGCUUAUAGACCUCCCCGAUGACAUCUUGGCCGCAAUCCUACACAUCUCUGCCCCACAAUCAGUAACCCUUCUUUCCUCAACCUCAAAACAAUUUCGAAGCCGGUUACUGUCGUUUGUGUUCCGCAAUGCCAAAUGCACUUGGUCCCAACUUCUCCAUCACACCGACCAAAUAUCGCAAAUUUCUCCCUACGUGCAACAAAUAAGGCUCACAGACUCAUACCCAUACGGCGAAUGGCACAUAGACGUUAUUACUCACUUGGAUCAGUUUCCCAACUUGAAGGCAUUGCAGAUCAACCUGGCAAGCUCUGCCAAUUGGCUCAGAUACAGAGCCGAUUCCCGACUACGUCGUCUCACAUUGUACUCAGACACCACCAUAUCCUUCGCUAGAGUGUUCGAUAUUGGUCAUAUUCGACAUUUUUCUCAAUUAACUUGGCUUUCUCUCGACGAGUACCAUUUUCUAUGGGCUCCGUCAGACGUCGAUUGGAGUGUCGGAUUGGCACAUUUGGUGCUCAUCAAUUGCACAUGGGAGUUCCCGUUCUCCAUAUCACAAUUCAAUCCAAACGGAAACCUCAAAUCGCUUUCCUUGACUUAUAGACAACACCACCCAUUUGUUCUUCUGGAACGAUUUGCAAGAUUUCUCGAUUUUUCAGCGGAGUCCUCAAUGACCAAUCUUUCCUCUCUUUCCAUAACCCUCGAGAACAACCAUCUCUCGUGGAAGAGAGUGCUCUCGCCGAAGCAAUUGAGUAUCUUGGUGCUGGCCGCCAAUUACCCUAAUUUGCGUUCCCUCUGCUUGGACGGUUGGAUCAUCAGCCAUAGUGAAUCGUGCCAGUUUGAACAAAUUCUCGCUGAAACUUCGCUCCGUGAACUACAACUCAAUCUCUAUACUUUUGAUUCCAGCAUUCAUGUCAUCAGCUGCAAAAAAUACCCAUGGCUAAACAUCAGUUGUAACAUCUUCCAUGUGUAA